AGGCUGGGAGGGAUCAGGAGUGACUGAGGGUGUGUGUGUGUGUGUGUGUGUGUGUGUGCAGGCAUGCGUGUGACCCAGAGGACAGGGGUGGGGCCCAGGCAGGGAAGGAGACCACCAGGGCUUGGAGGGCGGGGCUGUGGCACUGAGCCAGCCCACUCACCCUUUCCAGCUCCCACCAGCCAUGCCUCUGGCUGAUCCCUGAACUGAGGUUACUACGAUGGGAAGGUCACAUCUGUUCCUAGUUGGGGUCUGGAGAGAAGAGAACGGAGCUGAGUCAGGCGGAGGGAGUAGCCAAGCCAGAGCAGCAGGGGGAGGGGGCUAGCGCUCAGCCCCGACAUUUGCAGCCCACGCCUGUCCUGCCUCCCCUUCUAGCUCAUUGGCUUCACACCACAGGGGCGGGUUCAUCCUGGCCUGUCCCGGGUCGGCCCGGAUCAGCGGGGGCAGGAUGCAGGGGCAGCGCGCAGCCUCCAGCGCCCGGGUUGUCGCUGGGGCUCUCCGACCCGCGAUCCCUGCCCCCAGGCCCCUGGAGCGGGAAACGAGGAGUGGGGGUGGGGCUGGGGCAAAGACAAAAGGCCGGACUUGAGAAGAGGGGACCCAAUGCUGCCUCGGCUUAGAGUCUGGGGCUGACUGAGGCUGUACCUGAAGCGAGUGGGUGUCAGGCCCCGAGGCCCGGGGGUUUGGUCCCCCUUUCCUCUCAUCCCACUGAGCUUUCCCCUCAAGUUUCAGGGGAGGGGGCGGUGACUCAUAUGUUUCCCCCACCCCAGUGGGACUGCAGCGACCUGGGUAGGACCUUGGCUCUCCUCCUCCCAGCCUGGCCACCGCCCGCCUCCGCGCGGUCCUCCCGGGGCAGCCUCCCUCGCGGCUCUCUCUUCGGAAACUCCUGCUGCCUAGCGACCGACCUCGCCAGCGGGAGCGCCGGGGCUUCAGCCAUAGUGGGCACUCACCCUCAGAGCAACACCUGAGUGUCCCCCAGGAUACGACCCCACCCCAUCCAUGACUGCGCCCUGAACCCAAGCCCCAGCUCCAUCCCAUCCUGGGGUCCCCGCGUGUCUACCUCCCCUCCUUAGUUCCUAGUUCUCAGCCGUCAGUGUCAAGACUCCAGCAAGUCCCCAUGAGACAACCAUUUAUUUAAAGCUUUGUAAAAACCACACUGGCUGAUGGAUGACCUUGCCCUUGACAAGGAAAUAUCUUCCUCCGGGGAUCCCCGCCUCCAGGUGGUCUUCUCUGCUCUUGAGCUCUAGAGCUGCAUCGUGAUGGAGACCCCUCUGGAAAAGGCCCUGACCACGAUGGUCACCACUUUCCACAAGUAUUCGGGGAGAGAGGGCAGCAAACUGACCCUGAGCAGGAAGGAACUGAAGGAGCUGAUCAAGGAGGAGCUGCAUCUUGGGGAGAAGAUGAAGGAGAACAGCAUCGACCACCUGAUGAGGAGCCUGGACAAGAACAGCGACCAGGAGAUCGAUUUCAAGGAGUACUCGGUGUUCCUGAGCACGCUGUGCAUGGCCUACAAUGACUUCUUCCUGGAGGACAGCAAGUGACCCGGGGCUCCCCUCUACCCGCACCGUUGGCUCCUGCCCCCUGACAGGCCUCCUUGGCCCCUUACUGUGCACUUCCUCCCACACAGGAAAUAAAGAUUUU